AUGAAAGCAUUGCUUGGCUCUCAAGGUGUAUGGGAGAUUGUUGAAAAAGGCUAUGAUGAGCCACAAGAUGAUGAGGGAUUGUCUCAAAAAGUUGUCGAUGCUACAAAUUCAAUGGAUGCUUGGAAGAUUUUGGAAAAAUCACUCCAAGGGAUUGACAAAGUGAAGAAGAUAAGACUUCAAUCUCUAAGGGGAGAUUUCAAAGCUUUGAAGAUGAAGGAUUCCAAAUCAAUUUCAGAUUAUUGUUCAAGGGUGAAGACAAAUGUUAAUCAAAUGAAGAGAUAUGGAGACAAGAUAGAAGAUGUUCGUGUAGCUGAGAAAAUUCUUCGUUCAUUGACUCCUAAGUUCAAUUAUGUGGUACUUGUUAUUGAGCAAUCAAAGAAGAAAAGGCAAGAGAAGCCAUUAGAGCAAGUUCCCAAGAUCAAAGCUUCAUUGAAGGAUGAUAGAGGAUUCAAUAGUCAAAACAGACAUGGACGUGAACAAGGAAAAGGACAAGGACGUGGUCGUGGCCAAGGAGGAAGAGGAAGAGGUUUCAAUUGUGAAUCCAAUUACGAAGAAAGAAGUCACUCAUCACCAAAAAUUUGUGGAAGAGGAAGAGGUUAUGGCUAUUAUCAAAGUGAAAUGAGGUAUGACAAGUCUAAAGUUGAAUGUUAUAAUUGUCGUGAAUUUGACUAUUUUUCUUGGGAAUAUUGUAAUGCUCCUAAUCAAGAGGAAUAA